UAUAAUCUCAUUGAUCACGGAGUGUGGAGUACACUGUGUAUAGCAUUGAUUGAUCAUGAAUGUCAGGAUCAUGUGAUUGACGUUGUGCAUGGAUUAGUAAUCGAUACAACGGCCGUUCGCUGUCAACACCAGUUGCUGUUGGGCUGUUGGGCUGUUGAACCAUGCCUGAACUACUGAUCGAUUGUAAAUUCUUCUUCCGACAAUCACCAGCCCCACUGCCACAGCCAUAAUCACCGCGGACCAGGAAAUCCCUCUUCCAGUGGGUUCAAUAUCAAGAACAGUGAAGAAACGCCUGACUAGUAGCCGAACGGCCGUGAUAAAUCUAUACGAGACUACCCGGUGGGGGUUUCUAUCACUGCAUGUCUGCUGCCUACCUGACGAUCAAGUUUUGACAAGCGAUAUCCGCUUUCCAUCAUUGGGUUCUCGUCAUCGGGCUCCCCCACCCCUCGCAUCAAGUAACUGAACAAAAGGGCCGGGAUGGCGGUCGACCUUCCUACGCCAUGGACCAAGCGGAACAGGGAAGAACAGCCACACAGGGAUCGCCUGGAGGAGGGGGCUGCCGGGUUGGAUUCCAUCGAUCUGCUAGCAUUAAGUCAAGAUCUACGAAUCAUCCCCAUCCCCGAAGAUGGCGAUGACCUCGAGACCACCGCGCAGAAGAUGGAGGAUCUCGCCAAGGUGGCCCAGGGUGGCAACAGCCUGGCGCUGUCCACGGGCCUCAAGCUGGCGCCACCCCAACCACAGAACCCAGAGGAGAUUGUCAUGGCGGAAAUGACCCCUCAGGAACGGACGAUGUACAACGCAUGGAAGAGAAGUCGAGAGCCGGACCGGAGCAGUCGGGACCUGCUUGACCCCCAACUGCCCCGGACGUUCGACUGGGACGCCAAUGUGGCCCCCGCCCCGACCGGAGCACGCAGCCACAAGAAGUUUGCCGAGCGAGCGGCGGCCAUGGACCUGGUCUGGGGUCAUGAGGGUGCCACCCCGGAGCAUGCGGCCUGGCUGACCUUUCACCGGCCCAACUUAUUGCCCCUCGUCAAUGUCAUCGCCAAGGUGAUCAGGCGCACCAAGCACAUGAAAGACCAUGGCCCCCAGUCCCGGGGAUUGAGCGACAUGGAGGCGGCGGAAUUGGAGACCAUCCGGCAGAUCGUCACGGUCGCCGAGCGGAAUCGAUGUCGGGAGCUGGAACGGAUCCGCACGAUGACCCGAACCAUCGCCGAGUCGGUGACCGUUAUCAAGUCGCACAAACAGUAUCUCAAGACGGAGACGUCGGAGUAGCAUACAUUGGACAGGAUAGAGAGGGUAGACCAGGGACAGAGAGCGU